GAUGGACAAUCAAAAGGAUUGCUUGAGUUGAGGUUUGUGCUGUAGUCUAACAUCCCAAAUCUUCCCACAAUUCCUUCUACCUAAUACUAAUAUCUUAUGAACUUUAUGUUCUGCAAAGAGUGGACAACAAUCCGGAUAUAUGUCUCUGUCAUAGUACAUGUCAAAUUGGCAGCAAAGGAAGGAAGCUUGCUACAGUCACCAUUGUGCUGAUCUCUGUCGUCCCAGCGCUGAUUAUACUGCUGCUCCUAUCAUUGCUUUUAUUCUUCUUGAGGAGAAAAAAAUCUACAACAAAAUUAUCGUCGCCAAUUCAAGACUCGCUUGCUAUACCCGAAACCCAUAGAUUUACAUAUGAUGAAUUGAAGGCCAUCACCAACAAUUUUGAUCUUGUACUUGGAAAGGGUGGGUUUGGGAAUGUUUACCAUGGUCGAUUACAUGAUGGCACUGAAGCUGCAGUAAAACUUUUGCACUCACAUCGGAUGGUCAAAGGGACAUCAUCUGAGGAGUCCAUGUCUGCAAAUUCUGGCUCCAGAUCACAUGGGCUGAAAGAGUUUCAUGCCGAGGCUCUUCUCUUAUCGAGGGUCCAUCACAGGAACUUAGUGUCUUUGAUCGGGUACUGUAGAGACAGCAAUCAACUUGGACUUGUUUAUGAAUAUGCUGCUCGUGGAAGUCUUAGAGAUCAUCUUUCAGCCGCCGCAAUCAGAAGAACAGGAAGAAGGUGGAGGUGUAUGGCCGGUAUAAUCACGAAGCCAACAUGCAUGGUUUAUAAAGCAACUGAUGAGGAAAGGAAAGGGAUGUACGCAAAAUUCUCCCAUUCCAUGGACUACUUUUGAUCUCCGCUUCUGCACGAAGAAGACUUGACCUGUCAGCCCAAUCGACAACGGAAUAAAGGCCAACUUCUUCCACACAGCAUGCAAGUCAUCUUCUUCAUUUCACCAGUAGACAUGGAAGACUUGUAAAGCUCUCGAGUCUUGCCCACCUAAGUGGUUGGUUACUCGAUUGUGUUGAGUAGCUAUCCCAACUAACCUUCUUUGGUAUAUCUUUCCGUAUGAAGCACGCUCGUCCAUGAUA